CAUCCAAGGCCAUGACCUUGGUAGCCUUGGAUUAAUUUAAGCCCUGGUCACACCACAGAGAUUUUGACACGUCCUGCUUUAAACAAGUGACGCAAUUCACACAUAACUGACGCACACACGGCAUUGCAUAUAAAAUAGAAAAAUCAAGGAACGUCUCAGGAAAAAUUCCAGUUUGUAUCUUAAAUAUGACGAAAAUAGUUAAGUAAACCUAAAAUUAAGUGACAUACUUAAGUGAAAUACUUAAUUGAAAAAAUCAUAACAAAUAGAGGGUUUGACUGAAAUAUCAUAAUUUUGGUAUACCGUUAAAAAACCCCGGUAAAUUGCAAGGUUGCUCCUCGCACAAAUAUCGUAUAGCAUUGAGUGGAUGGAGAACAGCGAUAGCCAAUCUGAAGGGCCCGUGUCGGCUAGGCUAGGCGCCAACUUACGAAUAUGAGGCUGAGAUCGGAUGAACGAUCUGUGCAUAAGCUAAUUGUAAGCUAAAGUUCUAUGUGCUUUGGGUCAAGGACUUCCUUAGUCAAUGAACUCAACAAGUUCUGGUAGACAGCCAAGUCAGCCCAUAGGCCCAUAGGCAGAUGCAAGGCAGCGUCCUGGGACCACUUCUCUUCCUGGCGCACAUUAACGAUCUCCCAGAGUGCGUUAAGAGCUCCACAGCAAGACUAUUUGCUGAUGGCUGUGCGGUCUACAAGAGAAUCACAUCACCUCAGGAUGCUGCACUACUUCAGGACGACAAAAAGCUGUCCUUCAACAUACAUGUUGACAUCACCACCAAGAAGGCUAACUCCAUUCAAGCUCUUCUCCAACCCAACUUCAACAACUGUAGCCGCAAGAUUAAAGAGGCAACAAACAAGACCUAUGUGAGACCAAUGGUGGAGUGUGCAACAACUGCAGACCGCAGAUCAAGCGUAACAGCCUUACUGAAGGAUCUACAAUGGCCAACUCUCCAGAGUAGGCGCUGUCAGAGUCGACUUGCUAUGUAUGCUUUACAGAAUCCGCUGGGACCUGGUAGAUAUCAAGUGGAAACAACAUCUCACUGAAUCUAAGUCCAUCACAAGAGGUCAUGGCUCACGUUUCUGGACUCUGUACUGCAGCUCCCAAGUGUACUUUUCCUCCUUCUUUCACCGCACCAGCAAAGAAUGGAACUCUCUGAAGAAAGACCCAACAAAGGCUCACACGAUGCCUUCAAAGUGGCAUUGAAGGAUGGCACCGUCUUGCAUGCAGACGAGCUACUUAUUAACCUCACAUCACUAUACAAUGUACAUACCUGCACCAGAAGUCUUGUCUGCGUACUAUUGACUGUGCGCGCAUCAUUCCACAUAGCGUUAUCUUCAUUUCAUGAAGCCUGCACUUUUCAGGAAGAAGAAGAAGAAAGAGUCAGUUUUUGAAUGAUAUCGACGGUUCCGCUGAAAUUGCAUCUGGCUCCUCUGACCACCUCUUUACAUAGACUGAAGAACGUCCUAUGGGUACUGUGAGGGGAGAGUGGCCAAACAGAGAUGAGUGAGAUGCUAUGGGGUUUUUCACUUUUCACCAGUUCACGUUUUCAUCAUAUCCAAUUUGGCUUCAUUACUACACUCGAUCCUGUUAUCUUUAAAAUAGGGAGGCCAAUACCCGGGCGUAAGGCUUCUUCGCCUACGAUUUGUGCGCUCGUCAUCCAAGUCAGA